AUGGCUAACGAACCUGCGCCAAAUGGAUUUGAAAAGAAAAGUCAUGAUCAAUACGACAAUCCUUUGACAAGGCAGGAUGUUGAAACCAUAAUCGCAAAGUCAUUGGGGCCAAACUACAAGAUUCACAAUUACUACAUGAGAAACCAUUCGAACGAACAUGUAGGCUUCAUGGGAGCACACCGUAACUUUAUUGUUGAAGUGUCGAAAGAAGGAUCGACGCAGAAGGAACUUCACACGUACUUCUUGAAGUCCGUGCCCUACAACGUCUACGAUCACGCAAAGUUUGUCAAAGAAAGUAAGAUGUUUCACAAGGAGACGAGUUUUUAUGAACUAAUAAUGCCAGAGCUAAUGAAGAGCAGUAGAGACAAAUCGUGGGCACCCCAGUGUUACUUGGUGAAGGACGACGCGCUGGUAUUCGAAAAUUUGGUAAUAAAAAAUUACACGAUGAAAGCAGACAGACUACUAGACGUUGCGUCCCUCGAGGCAGCUUUAUCGAGCUUAGCGAAAAUGCAUGCAGCUUCAAUGCUGGCGGAAAAGCGACUCGGCAAAAGUUUUCUAGACAUGUACCCGGAUUUGAUGGAGGAAAUUCUGUUCUCUCGUACAAAAUUAUUCGCUAUGUGGAAUAAAUGUGGCAUCGACGUACUUACCAACAUAGCUAAAUAUCUAGGAUUGGAUGAUGAAGUCGUGCCGAAAGUGUGCAACUUGAUCUACGAAAAACUACGGCCGUCCAAGACAAGGAGAAAUGUGAUCAAUCAUGGAGAUGCAUGGGCGAACAAUUUGAUGUUCAAUGAAUCCAAGUGUAUUCUCGUGGAUUUUCAAUUGGUGAGAUAUGUUCCUGCCAUGAGUGACGUCGCGCUGCUAUUCUAUCACAACGCGAAGAAAGAAUUGAGGGAUAAAUAUGAAAUGAAUCUGCUUAAGCAUUAUCAUACGACCUUGUGCGAUGUGCUGAAGGAUGGCGGAGUGGACAUACCCGAGUUCGUAGACAUCGUAGACGAAUAUGAAGAGAUGAGAAUCGUUGGACUCGUUACCACUAAUAUGUAUUACCAAAUCAAUCAGAUACCCGGAGAUAAGCAGCUGGAACUUAUGUCGACCUCCCAAGGAUUCAAUGAUUUACUUUUCCGAGAUCGCGUGGAUCUUAUUUUGGGAUUCAUGAAGACGGAUGGAAGAUACAGAGAAAUCCUUUCAUCCGUUGUUAAAGAACUGGUUGAAUCGGCACCGAAGUAUUUGAAAUAA